GUGUCUAUGUCAAGGGUGAUGGGUUCCUUGCUUUGGCCCAAGCAGAAAGAUUCCAAGCAAUUCUACGAGCUUAUGGAAUUCCAUCAUUGAGAAGGAUGAGAGGUCUGCUGCUAAAGCUCCCACCUCCAGAACAAAAGCACCAGCUCUAUACAGGAAAUGCCCAAAUCACGAGGCAUGUCACAGCAGCAAGGAAACAAUAGAAUUCAAAAUGGGAGUUAUAGCUCAAACUUGGCAAAAGGAAUUCCAGCCAUCUUGGAUGAAUUUAAGUAUGGAUUCCCAUCAUAUGGCUUGUCAACUUCUUCUUGCAGAUGGUGGGGAAGUCACAGUUCCGAUGGUAGUAUCCAUGGAAAUGGGGGUGAAGAUGUGGGAGAAAAUAAUAGACAAUCCAAUGAAUUGGUAGAUGAGGCUUGUGAGUUGUUAUCAAUGGACACAGAGAGAUCCGCGAGUGGAGCAGAUGGAAGCAACUUCAGUCACCAAGGGAUGGGUUCACUGUUGGCUGUGAGAAAAAGAGCUGCCGAUGAAGGGCGAGAAGCUCUGAAGCUUGGUGUUUAUCGGGGCUACGGUGUAAACAAGCUCGCCAAGAGAGAGAGAAUGUUGCUUCGUCGAAUAUUCGAAUCCUUUUCGCGCUUUUGAAUCUUGAUGGUAACUGUUUUAACAUGAUACCCAAUCUUAUUGAGACACCAUAACAAGAUCAUAUACUUUUUAACUUUGACUGCUCUACUUCAUACUCAAAUUUUCUAUUUUGGCCACGAGAAGCUUUCUUAGUCAUCUAAUUUUGCUAUCUAACUCACUGGUUUAAUAUCAUUAAAAGGAUAG